GUUUACAUUUCGAGAAUUUACCUAGUAUUCCAACCUAUUCGCUAUGGCAGAAGGAUCAGCACCAGUCGUCGCCCCAGCCGCAGCCAGCCCGAAGAAAGGAAAGAAAGCAGCAGGUGGACCGAAGAAGCCGAAGUCAAAACCAACUCAUCCCCCAACUUCUUCAAUGGUGAACGCCGCUAUCAAGGCUUUGAAGGAACGUGGAGGUUCAUCGCUGCCUGCCAUCAAGAAGUACUUGGCCGCCAACUACAAAGUUGAUGUCCAGAAACUGGCUCCUUUCAUCAAGAAGUACCUGAAGAGCGCUGUUACCGCCGGAAAAUUGGUGCAAACUAAGGGAAGUGGCGCCUCAGGUUCAUUCAAACUCCCAGCUAAGGAGAAGACGGAAAAGGCGGCUAAACCAAAGAAGGCAGCGGCAAAGAAACCUAAAGCCGCCGCUAAACCAAAGAAGGCGGGUGAGAAGAAAACAGCUAAACCGAAAAAGCCUGCAGCAGCCAAAAAGGCAGCCACUGGUGCCGCUAAAGCAGCAAAGAAAUCUGGAACUGUAAAAUCCAAGGCACCAAAGGAGAAGAAGGCGAAAGCCCCAAAAGUAGCUAAAAAGGCACCAAAGCCAAAGAAGGCAGCAGGUGCAACAAAGAAAGCGGCUCCCAAAAAGGCAGCUGCGAAGAAUGUUGUGCCGCUUUUCGUCCUCGCUGUUUCCCUACGGACAGUAGGGACCCGGAAGCGACUAUCAAAUGAGUUUGAGGCGGAUGUGAGCCGCUUUUUUGGUUACGAACAUUCAGAAGAGAAUUCCUAAAUCUAUUACAGAUCGAACGAGUUCUCAACUGAGGAAAAAAAUCAAACGAAAUUAAAUUAAAUUUUGUAAAAUGGCUUACUUGAAAUUGAAAUGCCAUUAAGCAACAUAUUCUGGGCGAUUUUGUUUUGCAAUGAACUUUACGUUGUAAAAAUAUCAUGCUGCAACACAGAUUCUAUUCUAGGCUAAGGCGAGUCAACCCCUUCCCUACCUCCAUCAGGACUUCUUAAAUGCUUAAAUCUGAAGCUAAUGCUGGUCAAAUGUCCCACCAUUCAGUGGGACCACUCUCCUUCCUGGGACAUUGCAAAAUUCUUAUGCUGAUCGAUUUCGAUCACAGGGUAGAGGCAAUCUCACC